GUGGGCCCGGCGGAGGGCACAGAGUGCUGGCACGAGAGCAGGCGAUAUCCCCCACUCAGCCCUGGAGCUGAGGGUGAGCACAGAGAAACUGGCACCGACCCCAGCGCCUGUGCUGAAGCCAACUCCACGCUUGCCAGGCUCUCCUCCGAAGACCUGCUUUGCCGUGGACGUGGUGGCAUCCCGCGUCGCUCGCGCCUCCCCCAGUAACGGCCUUCUCCCCGUCCCAGAGCGCCGUCCUGCCAGCCAGAAGCCUGAGGAGAGCUGGCCAAAGCACCGAAAAACUGACCCUCCCUGGGCAUCCACCCUGCCGCGCGCCCCCGCUGUCUCCCCGCCGGCCCGCAGCGACCUGCUGGGUGGCGGCGGGCACCUCUCUGGCCCACGGGGCCGGGAGUCCCACGGGCAGCCCGGCGGCGGGGCUGCAGAGGCACGGCACGGGCUGGAGAGGCAGCAGUACACGGUGCUGGCAGACCUGCCCAAGGCCAAGCGCCUCGGCCAGCGGGACGGAGCUGACCGCUAUGGCUCCCGGACACUCAGCCCUGGCCGAGUGGAGGUGGAGAGGAUAUUUGGAUGCGAACGCAGGAAAUCAGAGACGCUGGAGGCCUUCCAGGCUCUGGAGGAGGGCCGUGUAGACCGGCUUGAUGGCAAGACGCCGGUGCCACCCAGCAAAGGCCACCUAGCUCGGAGGCGGUCCAGCCCCAACCUGCCCAGAGAGGGUCAGCAGCUCUCCUGGCAGCUCGAGAAGCGCAGCAGAGACCCCAAGGAGCCCCGGCGUCCCCCCAGCCCAGCUCGGCACCCCGAGAAGGCCAGCAGGACUCGGGGGGACUCUCCAAGCCCUGCCAGCCCUGGCUGGCUGCUGGAGAGAGGCAGCCGGAGCCCACGCUCCGCAAGCCCAGCCCACAGGUCGGAGAGGAGAGCAGGCGAGCCCGUGAACCCUCCCUGUCGCACUGAGAAAAACUGGAGAAGCCAAGGGGAGCCUGCCCGUCCCCCAGACUCAGACAGGGGCCGAGGCACCUGGCAAGCAGGGGGUAUACGGCAAGCACUGGAGAAGAAGAGCCGAGGGGAUUCCCUGCACCCCACCCGUGCUGGGAAGGGCUCAGAUAACAUCAGGCUGAGCCGAGCAGGGCCACCACCACGGGCCCUCAGUCCUGGGAGACACACAGAGAGCACAAGGAAAAGCCAAAAGGAGAUCUCCCCUCCCAGCUUAGUGCGGGGGGCAGAGAGGCAACGGGUGAAGCCUGGGGAGCUGCUGCACCUUGCGGGGCCCAGGAAGCCAUUGGAAUGCAGCUGGCAGAGCCUCCGGGAAAAGCUGACCUCCUCCCAGCCCUCAAAGGGCACCAGCAGUGAGUGGAAAGGCCGAGGCAAGCCCCUGCGCCCCACAAGCCCAACACGACCACCGGAGCAGGACUGGAGGAGCCGGGGGGAUGCCCAGCAAGCACAGGCGUGGGAGAAGGACUGGAAGCGCCAAGAGAUGCCCGUGUGCCAUGCAGAUGUGAUGCGCCAGCUGGAAAGGGACUGGAAAAACCCUGCCAGAUGUCUGGAUGGAGGACUACGGCCGGAUGACAGCUGGAAAAGGCCUGAGAGUCCAGUACAGCGUCUGGAGGAGGACUGGAAGGGUCCCGAGCACGCACGAGAUGCACACAACCCUGAGAAGCCAUUGGAAACUGACUGGGGGAACAAGAGUCUUCUCAUUUACCAGCCGGAUCUUCUCAAUUUCAAGAAGGGAUGGAUGUCCAUCCUGGACGAGCCUGGAGAGUGGAAGAAACAUUGGUUCGUGCUGACCGACUCGAGCCUGAGGUAUUACCGGGAUUCGAACGCAGAGGAGGCUGAUGACCUUGAUGGAGAAAUCGACCUGCGUUCCUGCACGGAUGUGACGGAGUUCGCGGUGCAGCGCAACUACGGCUUCCAGAUCCACACAAAGGAUGCCGUCUUCACCCUGUCAGCGAUGACCUCUGGCAUCCGGCGCAACUGGAUCGAGGCCCUGAGGAAGAAUGUGCGCCCAGUCAGUGCUCCAGACGUUACCAAACUCCCUGACUGUGACAAGGAGAACUUCCGUAACUGUGUUCCCCAGAAAGGCUCACUCCGGACGGAGGAGCAGCAGCGGCCAGGCUCAGGCUCCGAGGGGAACUCCAAGGGCAGUCACUGGAAGGCAGAUGGGCAGCGCCAUGCCUUUGACUAUGUGGAGCUGUCCCCCUUGCCACAAGAGCCUGGAAGUCAGGGGUCCCUGCAGAGGACGAAAGGGAGCUUGAAGGUCUCGGAGCGAGCUCCCAGGUAUGAGGACCUGGAGCGGGAUCUAGCCAUCCGUUCAGAGGAGAGGAGGAGGUGGUUUGAGACCCCCGAUGGCAGGGUCCCCAACAGCGAUGGCCCAGCAGGAGACCCUGCCUGCAAGGCCGGGGAGCAGGACCUCCCCACUCCUCCGCUUUCGGAGGAACAACGGAUUCGUCUGAAUGAGGAGAUAGAGAAGAAGUGGCUGGAGCUGGAGCACCUGCCCUUGAAGGACUUGCGGCGGGUGCCCUUGACAACACUGCUGAACCAGGGCAAGGGAGGCCAGGGAGACACCAGUGAGGCGCUGAAAAAGGAGAUCCAGUCACUGCGGGCACAGCUGGAGUCCUGCCGGGCCAGAAACGAGAGCCUUCGGGAGGCAGCAAAAUCCCAGGGGGACAGCCAUGUGCCCCGAGGGUACAUCUCACAGGAGGCCUGUGAGCGCAGCCUGGCUGAGAUGGAGUCAUCCCACCAGCAGGUGAUGGAGGAGCUGCAGAGGCACCACCAGCGGGAGCUGGAGCGGCUGCGGCAGGAGAAGGAGCGGCUUCUGGCAGAGGAGGCGGCGGCAACGGCAGCAGCCAUUGAGGCACUGAAGAAAGCCCACCGGGAGGAAAUGAAUAAGGAGCUGGGCAGGACACGGAGCUUCCAGCAAUGCAGCUCGCUCCCAGAGGCCCUCCAGAAGCAGCACCAGUUGGACGUGGAGUCGCUGAAGCGGGAACUGCAGGUGCUUUCUGAGCAGUAUUCCCAAAAGUGCCUGGAAAUCGGGGAGCUCACCCAGAAGGCAGAAGAGAGGGAGCAGAUAUUGGAGCGCUGUCAGCGGGAGGGGAAGGACCUCCUCCAGAAAAAUCAGGAGCUGCAGACCCGCCUCUCGGAUGAGAUCGGGAAGCUGCGGAGCUUUAUUUCAUCGCGGGGCUCUGCGGACCGCGCCUCGCACAACAACGAGCGGAGCUCCUGCGAGCUGGAGGUGCUGCUGCGGGUGAAGGAGAAUGAGCUCCAGUACGUAAAGAAGGAGGUGCAGUGCCUCCGGGAGGAGCUGCAGAUGAUGCAAAAGGACAAGAGAUUUGCCUCAGGGAAGUACCAAGACGUCUAUGCAGAGCUGAAUCACAUUAAGGUGCGCUCGGAGCGAGAGAUCGAGCAGCUGAAGGAGCACCUGCGCCUGGCCAUGGCAGCUCUGCAGGAGAAGGAGUCACUGUGCAACAGCAAGUAACGGUCUGCUCUACAUUUGUUAUCUGUUCUUGUUUUGUAUUUGCUCCAUUCCUCACUCAUGGGGAGAGGGAGGUUGAAUCCCUAUCCGUUGCCACCUUGGCAAGGAGUCCCACACACCCCCAACCUCCUCACUCCCCUUCCAAAGCUUUUUUGAUGAAUCCUUUUUGCCUGCAUACCUGAGCACGUUGUUUGGACUGGCUCCUUACAUGCACCUUCCUCAGGAUUUUAUAUGUGAAAAUUAUAUUUUAUAGAGGAAUUUUUUUUCCCCAUGGAAAGGAGGAGAAGAAGAGGAGGAAAACUUUUACUACGUCACCAGCAUUUUUCUAACCUGAGAAAGAGAACCUGGUUUUUCCCCCUUUCCUAGCUCCGUUUCUCCUGGCCACACACAGCCACCUUUGGCACAUAUUCCCUCUCUUCCAAAUGUCUCCAUAGUCCCCUUGGGAUGUAGGGCAAGGACCAUGCUCCCCCUCCCGUGCCACCCCCGGGACCUGCGGAGAAGACACGCAAGCCAUAGGGGGGAGCUGCUGGGGCUGUCUGCCAUGGAUGUGCUUGGCUGAGACGGCUGAAAGAGGACACCUUGGCAAGAGUCCACAUGACCGAGCUCUCUCUCCGUGGCUGCCCUUUUGGCUCCUGCAAGAACCUGCAUUGGCAGGAGCCCAGAGCCACAGGGCUUCUCCUUUCUGGGGAAGAGGAGCUGUGAGGCUGCUACUGCACCCACCCGAGCCAACCUCCCCGGGGUGACAGCUGCUGCUGCUCCGCUGUGCCCUUAACUUUUAACUUAAUAAAAUCUUCCCCUUUCACUGAGAAAAA